AUGAAUCCUAACGAACAUUCAAAUCGACUAAAUACUGAGUUCAUAUCGCUCGUUGAAAAAAUAAAUACACUCAGUAGUCGUACUUGUUCAUCCGAACAGCCUUUUCUGGGCGCUCUCGAACAAUGGCGUAUUGAAUCUCAACAAACACUUGAUUCUUUCUGUAACGAAAAGCGUCAAACCUUUAUCAACAGUCGAUUGGAAGAACUUAAUCGCUUACGAACCAACGUCGAAGAGCUAGCAUGUGUGCAAGAUGUAACACAACAAAAUACGAAUUCAAUUAAAACAUCGAUUGAUUGGAUUGAACAAGAUAUAAAUAAAAUUCAAUUUAAUUUUCGUCCUCUCUCAAUCGAUGAACAUCUCAUGGUUCGACGCUCGCAAGAUCUUCUACCUUUUCCACCUUCAAAGCAAGCAAUUGAGCUGACUGAUUCUUCAUAUGCUGUGUUGGCCGGCAACAAGCAACAUCUAUUAGUACAUCGCGAACCUACUCUGUGUUUACUCGAUCGGCAAUUGACUAUUAUUAAAGAGACGCCGUGGCCUCUUGUCGAUAUUUCUGAUAUUUGCUGGUCGUCAGUACUCAAUCGGUUUAUUGUGAUUAACAGUCAAUACGUUUUCAUAUUAGACGAAAGAACAAUGGUUCUCGAACAAUGCCUCACGCCCGAUACGGUGAACUGGAUACGUGGGACAUGUUCAGAUACUAAACUUUAUUUAUCAACAGAAGGAAUUGGAUCAUCCAUCUUCGAAUACACUCUUAUGCCAUCGAUUGUAUUGCUUAAAGAGUGGAAAUCACCCGUAACAUGUACGCAUAAUGAAUGGAUUGAAGAUCUUAAGUUUCACAAUGACUUCCUCGGUUUGGCCAUAGGUCGCUGUAAAACAAUGCGGUUUGUUUCGAACUUCGUUCAUCAAUGA